AUGUGCUCAAUUGCUUUACUUUUUAUGCUUUUUUCAACACCAAUAAUAGCUAAUACUAAGACUAAGAAAAAUCUGGUGAUCGAAUUUGCAAAAAAGCCUGGCUCUUCCAUUUUUGAUGGUAAAGCGACUUCAUACUAUGCCGUACUGAUCGAGUCGAAAGAAUCAGAAGAUUAUGACGAUGCUUUAGAUGAAUUCACGAAAGCUGCUGAAAACUUCGAACAAGAGGUUAGAUUUGUAUAUAUUAAUUCGGAUGAGGAAGAGAACUGGUUCCUAAUUGAAUUUCUCGGCUUAAUAGCAGAAGAUAUCCCGGGCAUUAUUUUUAUCAAUUUAAAAGAGGGCCUUAAAAAAUACAAGGCUGACAUCAAUGAGAUAACGAAAGCGGAAAUAAUUUCUUUCGUGCAAUCUUGUUUAAAUGGCGAAGCGAUACCCUUUUUAAAAACAGAUGAAAUUCCAGAUGAUUGGGAUAAAGGAACUGUGGUUGAGCUUGUAGGUAGAAACUUUGAAAAACAAGUAUAUGACAAGAAAAGGACAACGUUCGUGCUCUUUUAUGCACCAUGGUGUGCUGCUUGUCAACAAACGAUGCCAAUAUUGGAGAAGCUUGGAGAACAGUACAAAGACAAAAAACAACUAGUGAUUGCGAGAAUGAAUUCAGUAAACAACGAAGUAUCAGGAAUACCAAUACUUGAUGUGCCAACCAUGGCUUUAUUCAUCAAAGGAUCUAAAAAACCUAUAUAUUACGUGGAAGAUGAGCGAACAACAUCUGCUUUCGCCAAGUUUAUUGAAAAAAAUCUGAAGGUAGAAGAACUGAGUAACAUAAACAUGGACAUCAGAGACGGGAAUGAAAGCGAUCCAGCAACUGAAAAAAAAAAAGUGAAAGACACGAAGAAAGCAGAAAGAAAAGUGAAGCAAGAACUUUAAUU